AUGGAAUGCAUUUCUACUCCAAAAUACUCUCUGUCUAUCAAUGGAACUUUGUAUGGAUAUUUUCAAGGUGCAAGAGGAUUAAGGAAAGGUGAUCCUAUGUCUCCAUAUCUUUUUGUAAUCGACUUGGAAUAUUUAUCGAGGAAGUUGGAUACUCUCAAGGAUGACCUCCUGCUUUUUGGUAAAGCAGAUAUGAGCUCAGUUACAAGAUUAAAUGAGUGUCUCAUGGAGUUUAGCCAAGUUUCAGGUUUGGAACCAAAUCCUACUAAAUGCUCAAUGUUCUUGAGUGGGAGAUUACAAUGGAUCAAGUCAGUUAUCUUAGGGAUUCAAAUGUUUUGGACAAGUAAUUACAUACUACCAAUUAAAGUACUAGAGAAGAUUGAUAAGAUGUGUGCUGAUUUCCUUUGGGGUCAUAAAAUGCACUUGGUGGCAUGGUCUGCUAUUUGUCAAGAUCAUAAUCAAGGUGGCUUGGGGGUAUAUUUAGCAAAAUUUUGUAAUUAUGCUUCUGCUGCUAAGCUGCUUUGGAUGAUACAUAAUAAGAAAGACAUUCUGUGGAUUAAAUGGAUACAUGGAAACUAUUUGAGGCAGAAUAAUGUUUGGCAAGUGCAAAACAGAGAAAGUGACUCUUGGAUGUGGAAACAAAAUCUAAAAGUUAGGGAUUUGUUAGCAUUGAAGCUUGGCAAUACUGAUAAUCUUCUUUCUGUCAUCAAUAGCUGUUGUACCGGUGAUAAAUCCAGCAUUUUUUCUAUGUAUAAGAGAUUAAACCAGCAGGUUCCUUCAACAGCAAUAUCAGGGACUAUCUGGGGUGGUUGA